AUGGCGCCGGAGCUCCUGGGAUACCAUAAGCCCAAAGAAUCUUUUGAUUGGAUGGCUGUGGAUAUGUGGGCUCUAGGUUGUGUUGUCUUCGAGAUCUUGACCGGUCGAACGCCUUUUGCGGCAGCCUCUAAAACUACAGACAGCAUCUCUGGUCUUGACCCGGAAAUAGAAUAUGCUCUAGAGGCUAACACAAAGCUUUUUCACUCUUACUGUAGCGGAAGUGCGGAAUUUCCAGAGAAGACUCUGAAGCUCGGCGUCCCCGUCUCUGAAUGGGGUGUAGAAUUUUCCAAAAGAUGCCUAACUACCAAACAGUGGCUUAGGAUAACCUCAAGUGGGGCCCGGAUGCAUAGGUGGAUAACAAAGCGGGUUGAGCUUGAGGCCUUGAUAUUUAAAUAUGAGAUGGGCGACAGUUCAGUCAUGGGAGAAGCAUUUCUAUUGGCAGCGGGCAGCGGGGAUACAAAGCCCAUAUCCGACCUCUUGGACAGAUGCGGUGUUGACAUCAACGCUAAAGAAGCUAUAGUACGUGGUAGGACAACGCUCCAGGCAGUAGUUGAUGACGGGCAUAUCGAAGUCGUGAAAUAUCUCUUAGAUAGAGGUGCGGAUAUCAAUAUGGAAGCAGCGGAAUUUGAAGGUCGAACAGCACUUCAAGCAGCGGCAGGCAGAGGACGCCUUGAUGUUGUGUCACUUCUCUUAGAUCGACGUGCGUUCAUCAAUGCCAAAGCAGCGGAAUUUGAUGACCGAACGGCGCUUCAAGCAGCGGCAGGUAGCGGGCACAUCGGGGUGGUGAGACUCCUCUUGGAUAGAGGUGCACUCAUAAAUGCUAGAGCAGGAUAUGACCACGGUCGAACAGCAUUGCAGGCAGCCGCGGGCGGUGGACACAUUGAGGUCGUGGAACUUCUCUUGCAUAGAGGUGCUGAGGUCAACGGUAAAGCAGGAUAUGAAGGGGGUCGAACGGCACUACAAGCGGCAGUAGGUGGUGGACACCUCGAUAUUGUAUCACUCCUCUUGGGUCGAGGUGCCGAUGUCAACGCCGAACCAGCGGACAGUGGCGGUCUUACAGCUUUGCAAGCCGCAGCAGGUGGGGGGUACAGGGACAUCGCGGGAUUGCUAUAUGAAAAACACGCCAGGAUCAAUGCUAGAGCAGGAGAGAGCGGUGGUCGGACAGCACUGCAAGCAGCGGCAGGCAAUGGGCACACAGAAAUGGUGCUAUUUCUCCUGGCUUUGGGUGCCCAGAUCGACGCUGAAGGGACACAAUGUAACGGGCGAACAGCGCUGCAGGCGGCGGCAGAGAAGGGACACUUCGAAACCGUGCGGGUUCUCUUAGGUUACCGUGCAAACAUCAACGCCAGAGCAGGAGAUUAUCACGGCCGAACAGCGCUCCAAGCAGCGGCAGGCAAUGGAUAUAUCGACAUUGUCGCGCUCCUGUUGGAUAAAGGUGCGGAUGUGAACGCCUGUGCAGGACAUAGCAGCGGUCGAACAGCGCUGCAAGCAGCGGCGGAGAAUGGUCAUAUGGGGACCGUGCUCCUCCUCCUGGGUGCAGGUGCCGAUAUCAAUGCCGAACCAGGUGAUAUUGAAGGUCGAACAGCACUCCAAGCAGCAGCAGGUGGGGGGCAUCUCGAGGUUGUGUUACUCCUCCUGGAGCAAGGCGCCAAUAUAAACGCUAGUGCGGGAUGGGGUCACGGUAUGACGGCAUUCCAGGCAGCAGCAAACGGCGGGCACGGCGCGAUAUUGAGACUCCUCUUUGACAGAGGUGCCCACUUCAAACCGAAAGACGAAGAAUCCAGUGGCCGGAUAACACUUGGGAUUACAGCAAUUGCAAGGAUGCUAAGGCGCCCCGAAAUCGACGAUCCUCUUUGA